AUUUUGGAAUUUUAGUGCUAACUCCAGUUGUAAUGGAUUAUCUGGAGAAGCGCGGCACUCUAAGCAGGUACCGUUGGCUGGCGCUGCCCAUUUCGCUGGGCGUUCUGGGCAUUUGCCUCACUUUUGCCACCCCGCUGGCUUGCGCCCUCUUCAAGCAAAAGGCCAGCUUGCCCUUUUCCAGGCUGGAAGACGAGCUCAAGGACAAAGUUGCAAAGGAGCAGGAUAUCAGCAAAAUCGACCGAGUAUUUUUCAACAAGGGCCUGUAAAUGCAAUAUCGAUCAGAUCAGAUCAGAUCUAACAUUGAUGAUUGAUUGGUUUAAGAACAACUCAAGUCUCAGGACAAUAUAUGUAGUACCUGAUGAACCACUCAGAUAAUUUAUUUGAGCCUCAAAUUUCCAGCAAUUAAAAUAGUUUGCCAACUUCGCGCUUUUCUUGCAUGUAGCUUCAGGUGGGCCUCCAAAGGAGACUAAGUAGGUUUAAAUAAAAGUUUGUUUUGAAAA